AAGUUUAGGUCUCCCAAAAAGCCCUAUCCCUAACUAUCUCCACAAAUUCCUUUCCUUCUUCUUCUUCUUCGACCAUCAACAACUGGGUUAUCGAAUUGUGGAUUUUGAUCUAUUUAAUUGUGUUACUUUCCACUGUUCUUGUUUUCAUCAGCCUGAGAUGGUAGAAGCAGGAGAAGAGAGACCCAUUUUUAGGGACAUAAGGAGGUAUUUCUGUGACUACUGUGGGAUUUGCAGAUCCAAGAAAACUCUCAUCUCCUCUCACAUCCUCACUCACCACAAGGAGGAGUUGGACAAGGUGAAGGCCGAGGGAGAAAGUUCUACCGAGGGAGUAGAAGAAUCAAAAAACACUUGUGAAGAAUGUGGUCUUACUUUCAAGAAAGCUGCUUAUUUGAAACAACAUAUGCAAAGCCAUUCUCUUGAGAGGCCGCAUGUAUGUUCUGUGGAUGAUUGUCGUUCCAGUUACAGAAGAAAGGAUCACUUGACUCGCCAUCUUCUCAUACACAAAGGAAAACUAUUCAAGUGCCCAAUUGAGAACUGCAAAAUUGAAUUUUCUAUCCAAGCCAACGUGAAGAGACAUGUUAGAGAAAAGCAUAAUGAGGAUCGGCCCUCCACUAGCACUGAACGCGAGAAGCAGCAUGUGUGCCAAGAAGUUGGUUGUGGGAAAGCAUUUGCAUAUCCAUCGAGGCUACGUAAGCACGAGCAAUCCCACGUUAAGUUGGAGUCAAUUGAGGCGUUAUGUGUUGAACCAGGCUGCAUGAAAAUAUUUACUAAUGAACAAUGCCUCAGGGAUCAUAUUCAAUUGUGCCACCAACACAUAACCUGCGAAGUAUGUGGGUCUAAACAUCUCAAAAAGAACAUGAAAAGGCACCUCCGUUCACAUGAAGGAAAGGUUUCAGUUGAAAGCAUUAAGUGCCUUUAUAAGGGUUGUCUUCACACAUUCUCCACUAAAUCAAAUCUUAAUCAACAUAUGAAGGCUGUGCAUUUCAAUAAGAAGCCUUAUGUCUGUGGCUUUUCUGGUUGUGGCGAGAGAUUUGCUUACAAGCACGUCAGAGAUAACCACGAGAAGAGGAGUUGCCACAUUUACGCACAUGGGGAUUUCGAAGAGGCUGAUGAGCAGUUUCGAUCGAGGCCGAGAGGUGGGCGGAAGAGGAAGUACCCAAGUCUUGUGGAUUUGCUGGUAAGGAAGAGGAUCACUCCACGAAAUGACUUGGAUGGCUCAUUUGAGUGCUUAGACAGUUUCACUUGCGGAGGAGAAUGAAUGAAAAAUAAAUAGGAUGUGGUUUUUGGUGGUUCGUCCAAAUAUAUAGAAAUAUGUAUAGCGUUUUUUCUAAUCAGUUGUUAAUUAUGAAAGUAUACGUGUCAAUAGUUCUAAGUCAGUCAGUGUGUAGCAGUAGUAGUGGAUUUGCUAGGGACAGUAUUUGUAAGAUGAUGAUCUUCCUCUUAUUAUUGUUAUUAUUUCUUAGAAAGGCAUAAACAUGCGUUUUCCCA